CGUUUGUCGUUUAAAAGUACUAGUAAUGGGCAGAGAGCAGUAUGAGAUGAGUGUUUUUGUCUGUUAUUCUGUGUCUGUGCCUCGUUGUGCCCAGCUCUUACUGGAGGCACGUCCCCUUUAAGAGAACCAUGGCACCUCUCAAGUCGAGGCAGACAUUUUUCAAUGCAAGAUUUUUCCUUGCAUAAAUUAUGUUCAUGACGUAGUGCAAAAGGCCAAUUUUGUGGCAAUUUUUGUCCGACUUUCCUGCUCAGAUAGGAUUUUGUGAGACACGUGAAGGAUUCCCGAUGAUCUGAACUGUUGCCGAAAGGGCAUCGUCAUUAAAUAUUAAGAGAGAAGGAGAUCCUAACAUUGCACAGCCCUCCUUAUCAAUGCAAAUACCUCUUUUGUGUGCAGUCACAGCGCCUGUCUGGGAAGCUGAGAUGAAUUUUUAAUUAUGUGUGACUGAAACAAACUGUGACAAGGACCUUUUUUCUAUAUAAGAGCGGGGGGAUUACAGGAAAUAAGCUGCAUUUACGCGAAUGCCAGGAGGACAGUGACCUGUGGUGGUGCAGUGAGCCAUGAACUCCCAGGAUCUCCCUGCCAAAGAUGCCCCACUUACUGUCAAUGAGCAGCCAUUCACUGUCUGACUGCAGAAGUCUUUUUUCAGCCAUUUAAAUCCUGCACUUUGACAUUCCCUGCCAAAGACAACCAGGUCAUUGUGAUGUCUGGUCAUGAGACUAUUCGUGUGCUAGAGGUAGAGGUCGAUGCGUCUCUGCCAUCAUCGGUACCCGAUGGGAAGACAGACGGUAGAGCUGAUGAGGGAGCCGCUCAGCCUGCAGAGCAACCUGAGGAUGGCAGUGCACAGGAUGGCCUCGCUGUGCCCCAGAGCACAGGGGGAGUAGUGCUGGGCGAGCAGCAGUUGGUGUCCGUAGAGGCUCCGGCCCCUGCUGUCCAAACCUUGACUCCUGCUGUUCCCGUCAGCGUUUCUCUGUCACAGCACCAGGCCGCCAUGCCCAUCACUGUACAAGGCUGUCCACAGGUGCUGACCCAGGAAAGUCUGGCCACUCUGAUGACGGGUAUGAUGGCCCAGACAGGAUCCCUGGGGCAGCCCCUGCUCAUCCCCCUCAGUAUGGCCGGCUCCAUCGGUGGCCAGGGCGGUCUGGCUGUUCUCACCCUGCCCACCACCAAUGUAGCUACACUCCCUGCGUUCGCAGCAGCUAAUGCGGCCGGAAACCUCCUCAAACUGCCCUUUGCUGGCCUCCAAGCUGCUACAGUCCUGAACUCGGUCCAGCCCCAGCUGCACACAAAUGCACAGACGAUGUUCCAGCCUCAAGCAGCUUCCAUACAGCCAGUGCAGGCCGCUGUGCAGCAGGUGACGUCUCAGCCAACACAGGUGACCAGCGCACAGGCCACCGCUGCUCAGAUGGCGGCAGCCCAGGUGACCUCGGCCACCACAACCGUGUCUCCGUCCAACAUAUCUGUAGCAGCACUCCAGACAGCAGGACUCUCAAUCAAUCCUGCCAUUAUCAAUGCUGCUUCACUGGGCGCUCAGCCUCAGUUUCUCAGUUCCCUCACCUCCACUCCUAUCAUCACCAGUGCAAUGUCCAACAUGGCUGGUAUCACCAGCCAAAUCAUCACAAAUGCCCAGGGACAGGUCAUAGGAACCCUCCCGCUGUUGGUGAACCCAGCAUCUCUGGCUGGAGGGGCUGCGACAUCCACCCUCCCUCUCCAGGGUCUACAGGGACUCCAGGGUCUGCAGGGUCUCCAGGGGCUCCAGGGGCUCCAGGGGCUCCAGGGACUCCAGGGGCUCCAGGGUCUCCAGGUCCAGACUGUCACCCCACAGCUGCUUCUCAACACCCAGGGCCAGAUCAUCGCCACUGUGGGGAACGGUCCUACAGCGGUUGCAACCUCUGCUGCAGUUCUGACCAAAGCCAGUGCUCCUCCGACACUCAGCAAACCUAACACGCAGGCUUUGGUAACAACUGCCACUCAGUCACCGGUUGUCAUCGCCCCGCAGCCGUCUGUACUGAAGACUGCCACCACCCUCUCCUCCACCGUACCCAUCACCUGUGGAGACAUAGCCAAAGUGGGCCAGCUUGUCAGCAAACCCCAGCAGGUCGUCAGCGGUGAGGAAGGCAUUAAUCUGGAGGAAAUUCGCGAGUUUGCCAAGAAUUUCAAGAUCCGCCGGCUCUCCUUGGGGCUUACUCAGACACAAGUAGGACAGGCUCUGACUGCGACCGAGGGUCCGGCCUACAGCCAGUCUGCUAUUUGCAGGUUUGAAAAACUGGAUAUCACCCCGAAGAGUGCUCAGAAGCUGAAGCCGGUGUUGGAGAAGUGGCUGGCUGAGGCCGAGCACUGGAACCAGAAAGGCCAGCAGAAUCUGAUGGAGUUUGUUGGCGGCGAACCAUCCAAAAAACGCAAGCGGCGCACUAGUUUCACGCCGCAGGCAAUAGAAGUUCUCAACUCCUACUUUGAGAAGAAUGCAUUGCCAACAGGCCAAGAGAUUACAGAAAUUGCACGAGAGCUAAACUAUGACCGGGAGGUUGUGCGAGUUUGGUUCUGCAACCGGCGACAGACGUUGAAAAACACGAGCAAGAUCAAUGUCUUCCAGGUUCAAUAGCCACCUCGUUUUGGGAGGUUUCGCCACAAGUUGAACAUUUCAAACAGCAGCACAGAUUCAGAUUGUGUUGUAAAUACAAGCUAAACUCCAGCACGGUUGAGAGAAUAUGAACUUUUUGAGAAAAGAGCGGAAAUGAAAUUUGUGAGUGUUUAUGAAAGAGUUUAAAAAAAUGAGUUAUUGUAUUUUGAGACUGUAUAAGUGUACAGUACGUAUGUGUGCUGGGUACUAAGUGAAAACUGCAUGGUCCUUUUAUCAUACAUAGCGAUAAUAAUACAGUGAUGAUAACAUGUAAUAUUUAAAAACAUUUGAACUUUUAUACAAGUAAUUUUAUAGGAUACCCCUCUAAAUAUAGUAAGUGGCAGUGCAUUGAGUCACAUUGAUUUUUGUCACAUAUUUGUCACUUGCGACUGACGUUAACGCUGAUAUUUCAUAACAUGCUUUUUCCACCACAGAUGUUUUUAACAUUCUAGCUGCUCAUUUGUUUUGUAUUCGCGUAGUAUUUGUACUAUAUGAGCAGCUCUGUAAACAUAUAGAAGAUUCUGACUGAAAAAGAUAAUCUAUAACCUUAUUUUCAUCAGAAUUAGUUGUCUAGGGAACGCCAAAAAUUACUUUGCUAUGGACUUGUAGUUGCAACAAUGUUUGGGACAAUCAUCGUGUCAUGUUUCUUAUUGAUAAUCACAAAGAUGGGCUUAAAAUCUGAUGUCAUUUCCUCUUGUGUGGCGUUGAUGCUCACGCUGUUGUGUGUCCAUAAAGAGGGUCAUUUCUGAUGUUCCAUGGACAAACGGUUCUUAUCAAAAUAAAGUUGUAGCUAUGGCCUUUGCCGAUGACGCCACAACUAUACUGCAUUUGUGGGUGAUUCAUGUGUGAAUUCACCACAGUUUUGUCAAUCUGUUUUUUUUUUUUAUACUUUCAGUUUAAUGUGCUUAUAAUACUCUGAGAGUAUUUUGUGUUUCCUCCUUAUUCACUGUUGUGACUGUUCCCUUCAUGGCUUGACAAUGCUUCUGCUGCAGUUUCCAAGUUAGAUAAAGUGUAUUUGCAAAAAAUAGGAUCUUAAUUGGACUAUUAUUAAGUCGACUUAAAAUAAUCUCAUGUUGCCUAGGAACGUUAACGCCUUGCGAUACUUUUACUCAGCCAAAUAUCAAAUUGAUUUCCUUAAUUUAAAAAAAAAAAAAAGACUUACUGUUCAGCCAAGAAAGAAGGAGUGUGGUUCAGUGUGUUACAGCUUUCUACCUGAAUGGGUUAUAAGAGUGUUUGCAUGUGCAGUAAGAUUUUCUUAGCUGUAGGAACAAUACAAUGGUGGUUUUCUUUAUCUUUGCCAAUUCUUUAAGAAUACUUUGCACUUUAGA